ACAUACACCAUUUAAAGUAAAACAGACCCAGACAUGGAAGCCACUUGCAGAUCAGAGACAUCCAGAAAUAAAACACCUACUUUGGAGCUAUCCAGUGCGACACAGCUGCCAGAGAGCACCAACUGCAUGGCGUGUUCAGAGGAUGGCAGAUACCUCAGUCUGGGUCACUCCGGGGGUUUGUCUGUGUGGUGUGCAUCUUCUCUGAUCUGUGUGGCAGAGUGGCUGAAGGACAGGUUGGAAAUGACAUCAGUUCAAAUGAUCUGCAUGGCUGAGUCGACCUAUCUGCUUGGCAGCAUUGAUGAUAUGGGUGUUGCCCGAGUCUUUGCAUAUCACUCUGAAGCUAUUCACCUCCUCAGUGUUAUUAACAUCAUGGAAGAUAUCAACCAGAGGAGCAUUUGCUUGACAUUUGAACUAUCUAAAGGGGGAAAUUAUGGAGCUGCAUCAAUCAGCUGCAAUGGUGCUGUUUGGCUCGACGUCUAUCACUUCCCUACAGAAGCAUGGCGGAAAGAGUUAGAGAUGGCAGUAUCACAACAGGACCCAAACUUAUCUGGAGAUGUGAAAUGGUCUCCAGCUGCACUGGUGAUUAAAACCAGGCCUCCCAAAACUCCAGCAGACGGUUCACUUGAAGUGUUGCAGACGGCAGACAUUUUGACGCACUGUUUAGCUCUUGACGGACACACGAGCAGUCACCAUCAGGAGGAGGAACAGUCUUACAAUACAGAUGCAGAAAAAGCAAAAGAAACAAAUGACCACCCAAGACGUUGCACUCAGCACUUUCUUCUGCCCUGUGGUCAGUUUCCCAGCAAUAGUAAAGCAAAGUCAGGAUUGCCUGUGUCUGUCUGUGUGUGGUGGAGUGGCAGCCAUAAUCUUCUCCAUUAUUGUCUGCAUAAAGUACCUAAGAACAAACCAGAUAUGGAACCUUUGCCAGAUGUACUGUGUCCGAAUGCAAAUGAAAUCGUCUGCUCUGCUGUUAGUAGAUGCACCUGUUUCAUAGCUCUUGGCCUCAGCAAUGCUUUGGUGUGCGUCUGGGACAGACAUUCUGGCUCUCCAUUGUCUGUUGUCUCAAUGUUAGCAGCAGAGAGUGUCUUUUCCAGGCUGCACUUUGUAGAUUACUGGCCUCUGUCUGCUGAUGAUUCCCAGACUUUCACCACAGUAGAAAUCCAUCUCAUGGUGGUUUGUAAGAAUGGAGUAAUUCAUACAGUCACCACAGGACGAGGAACAGAAUCCUGCACUAUGCAGCUCACUGAAAGGCCAGAAGACAGUGGGGACCUGCCAACAAUCACUGCAUCAGUGUCGUUCCUGCAGGGUUUGUCACUUGUGGUGCAAAGAAAUGGAAAAAUGUUACUGCAAGAUGUUGUCAACAAAACCACUGUGUGCUUCUUGAUUCCUCCCACAACUCACCUGCUGGCGACUCCCUGCAAUCCUGUUUAUGCUCUGAGCGCCAAACAGCAUGCUUUGUUCAUACGAGGUGACCAGGAACCCAGCUGCAGUGCUUUUGCUAAAGGACAAUGCCAGAGUCAGCUUUUCAUCUUCCACUUUGGAAAGCCUGACAUCAUGAAGCAGUAUAAUGUUUCACUUCCAGACUCUCCGCAGCAACAAAAUGCAUUGAACUUUGACACUCUAGACGAUUCCUGCAAUCUCUACCUUCAGCAAAGAGCUCUGUCUGUGGAUGAAAGGAACAAAACUUUAACACAGACAUGGAAGAAACUACAGGAAACGGCAGAGAUGCUACAACAAAGACAUGGUUCCUGAAGAACUACAACAAACUGCAGCCUUUUACAGAGUUACUGCAGUACGGUAAUGAUAUUGUAACAUUAUUUAACGUCUAAGAGGCUGCUGGUACUGUAUGUAUGUUUAUUGUAAAGCUUCUUCAAAUCUCACCACCUUUGUUAUGCCGUUCUUCAUUCUGCAUUCUGUCUUUAAUGUUGCCCCAAUAUAAUUUUAACUUGUGUGCUAUCAAUGCACUACAGCAUAUUCUGUGUUUUUAUUUUUUUAAAUAAAUGUAUGAAACUAAUUAAAAAUAAAUGACAUUUUCUGUAGAUAUUGGCUUGAAAUAGCUUUGCUUCUGAAGACAGAUGUAAGACUUAGGGUACAUUAAGGUACAUUUUUUCCAAUAUACUAUUUAUGAUAUAGUGUUUUUUGCGUA